CUCAUGAGAGCGACAAAUGCCAUUACGUAUUGAUAGUUGACAAGAUAGGACGAGAGUGAUAGUUGACGAAUGCCUCGAUUAAGUGCAAAAGUCAUUGCAAAGGGAUAUCGUGAUGUUAUCAGCGCCAUUCAAAGAAUGGAGAAAAUUGAGAAAUUUGAUAUGUUUAAGUUCUUAGAGGAAUAUCGCAGAUUUCCUUGUUUGUGGAAGAAAAAUCAUCCAGAUUUCAGGGAUAGAGCGAAGAGGAAUCGAGCGGAAGAGCAGUUACUCCCGAUAUCAGGGAUAUCUUCAGUAAAUGAGAUGCGGAAAAAAAUUCGGAAUAUUAGAUGCACGUACAACCAGGAGUUAAGCAAAAUUAGGAGAUCGAUGGGCUCAGGAUCAAGCGAACUGUACACUCCAAAGCUAAUUUGGUUUGCGUAUGCUCACAAUUUUUUGGGAGAAAAUAUUGAAGAGGCUGACUCAGAAACAAACUCGACACUACCAGAAUACGACACAAUGGAAAAACAAGACUGUAUACUCUCUACAACAGAGAACAUUCAAGAACGAACCGAAGACGGCCCUACCCUCCCUCCUACUAUCCCUUGGGGAACAUUACCGAAGUCCAGGAAAAGACGUGCAACCAAAUCUCGCCGCGUGAAAUCCAAACAUAAAAUAAUGGACUCAAUCGCAGACGCCCUGAAGCAAGUACUUGUCCAAGGAGAUACCAGCGAGAAUGAGUUCACCGUUUUCGGGAAACACAUAGCUACCCAACUUCAGUGUCUCCCACUCGAGGAAGCAAUAAACUUGCAGGGAGAAAUCCAAGCUUUGGUGACCAGUACCCGUCUGCGCUGUAUUCAAAAUGCUAACUAUACAUCAUUCAAAUAGUCCGUUUACCUCUGAAGAAGAAAUAUCUAAGGGAGGGUUGACAGGCCACUAAUGUUAGCCUACCUGUACCUUAGUAUUCCGAAUACAUUGAUGUAAAUAGGGUUCAUAACGUCUUUACAAUAUCAACUCAGUAUUUUUCACUUACCAAUAAUAUCAUUCAAAGGAAGCUUGACCUGGAGGAAAUCCUUGGAGAUUUUUAGGAUAUUUGUUUAGUUUGUAAAAUAAACUUUAUUCGAAUAAAUAGUAUUUCAAUAA